AUGACCACUGCUCCGAAUCAAGCCAACCCCGACCUUCGGGGCGGACCCACGACUACUAAAAAGCACUGGAUAGAUCGUCUGCAUCGUGUGGGAUGGACAAUAUUUCAUCACGCACAGAAACACACAGGCGUGGGCAUCGUGUGUUCUGUCGCGUACUUUGAUCCUGGCAAUUGGGGAGUCGACCUUCAGGCAGGAUCUCAAUAUGGCUAUAAGCUCCUCUUCAUCGUACUUCUGUCAGGCUUGUUCGCUGCGUUUCUUCAAGUUCUUGCCUGUCGGCUUGGGGUGGUCACUGGCCUUGACCUCGCAUCCCAUUGCCGCCUUCUCUUCCACGAUCGACCACGUCAUAAGAAACUUUGGCGAUGGGGAGUCCUUUACCCACUUUACGUACUCUCCGAACUAGCCAUCAUCAGCACCGAUCUUGCUGAGCUCCUUGGCUCCGCAAUAGCACUUACUCUUCUCUUUCCUGCGCUUCCACUCUGGGGCGGUGUUCUGGUAACAGGCGCCGAUGUAUUAUUAAUACUUGCACUCGGCAACCCUCUUCAUGAUAGGCCAGUGAAGGUAUUCGAGUGGAUCAUCGCUGCACUUGUGCUUGCUGUGCUCAUUUGCAUGGGAGUAAUUAUCGGGAAGGUCAAUGUUGCCUGGGGUCAAGCCUUUGAUGGAUUCGUUCCUUCUCGGACAAUUUUUUCCAGCGGCGCUCUCUAUACAUCCGUUGGAAUCCUGGGCGCUACUGUCAUGCCCCAUAGUCUAUUCCUGGGUUCCCAUCUCGCAACCCAAAACAGGCUAUCCAAAAAACCACGUUCCCCAGUCUCUUCGCUUUCUAGCAAAGUUCAAGAAUCAGAGCUAACAGGGGCCGCGUCAAGGCGCGAGCAUAUACAAUACUUAAGACGAGCGACUUGGCGAAAACUCCGGUCCUUGUUCGUAGUAUCUCGCGCCGAGCUAGAAGCGUUAAAUGUCCGUCCGAAGUCUUACGAACAUAGAGAGAAUCAUUCCUUAGAGUUCGUGCGAUCCCAUCUAUACCACGGCAUGGUCGAUAUGGUCUCCAGUCUACUAGGCUUCGCCGUCAUCAUCAAUGCCCUUAUCCUAAUCCUCGCCAGUGCCGUCUUCUAUUAUGGAUCAGGGGCGUACGGAUCUGAAUCUCCAGCUAGCUUAUUUGAUGCCCAUACUCUCAUCAAGAACUCGAUUGGCGAAGCUGCCGCGAUACUCUUUGCGCUCGCCUUACUUGCAUCGGGCCAAAGUGCUUCUCUUGUCGCCACUGUAGCAGGGCAAAGUGUCUCGGAAGGAUUCCUGAACUGGAAAGUUUCGCCUGUUGUACGGCGCCUUCUGACGCGCUUGCUAGGAUUGAUACCUUCUAUGACUGUUGCCAUUGUCGUUGGACCAAAUGGCAUCGACUUCUUGCUUGUUGCAACUCAGGUCAUCUUGUCGAUAAUCCUCCCAUUCAUCAUAUUCCCGCUGAUAUACCUCACCUCAUCGUCGCGCAUCAUGCGAGUACGCAAACCAGCCCCAGAACACACGACUAUCAGUCCUGGCGUGGAAGUUCGCUCCCUGCCUGCUAUCACACCAUCGGACAGUGACCCGGAGAUAAUUCAGACUGAGGACUUCGUGGACUUCAGCAGCGGGAAGUUCAUGAUGUCGCUCGGGUGGUCGAUAUGGUUAGUGGUUGUGGCAGCUAAUGUCUACGUGCUUGUAACUCUCUAG